UCUUCGCGAGAAACCAGAGAAGCGCAUCAAAAUCAAACCAAAUUCACGAAAAAUCAAAGCUAAAAGCCUUAAAAAAUCACGAAAAUUUCGGGCUAAUCGUCGCCCGUCGUAACAAACCACACGAAAAAUGUCGUAUCAAUUGUACCGGAACACCACGCUCGGCAAUACGCUGCAAGAAACGCUCGACGAACUCAUCCAAUAUGGACAAAUCACUCCACAGUUGGCACUGAAGGUUCUCGUGCAGUUCGACAAGAGCAUCAAUUCGGCGCUCAGCAACAAAGUCAAGUCACGCGUCACCUUCAAAGCGGGCAAACUGCACACCUACCGAUUCUGUGAUAACGUUUGGACUUUAAUGCUGAAAGACGUCGAAUUCCGAGAGGUGCACGAAUUCGCAAAAGUCGACAAAGUAAAAAUUGUGGCGUGCGACGGAAAAACGGCAAAUCUCAAUGACGACAGCAAAACAGAUCGUUAAAAAAAAUUCGAGAGAUGAACAAUUUUCACACAAAAAAAAAUUAGAUUUUAAGGGAAAAAAUUUGUAUUUAUCACGAAGAUGAAAAAAAUUGCUUGUAUUGACGUAUCUUGUAGGAAAAUGAACAUUUAAUAUAAAAAAAUGACACAAAACACGAAUUUUUGUAUUGCUCAU